CAGGUCAUAUAUUGAAAUUAGUGAAGAUGGAGGAAAUGAGGUAUGCUGGUGACUACCCUCCCUAAUCUAAUUUGUUCAGUGUGGUUGACUCUCGAGCCGGUGUGGGAAAAUAUUUCUGCAAGACCUGAGGAGCCACACAGUCCCUCAUUAAAAUUACGUUGUGUGCAAUUUCACACAUACUACACAUCCAGGUUUUCCAGGCUGCUUUCGUAUCGUAGAAAGUUUAGCUUUAUCAGGGACUCAGUCAUUUCUCCUCAGUCAUGCAGAGACUCAUGACAACUUACGAGACUUUACCUUUGAUAAAGGUUUCUUUUUCCUCUAAUAGUAUCAGUAUCAACAGUCAAAGGAAGAAACCAAAACUGUGGUGUUCCAUUCUCAAGAUGGCACUGUGCAAACUCUUUACUCUGGUUCUAGUCGGUGUUGUGGUGUUUGCGGUAAGUGGGAUCUUUGGAGACCCCCUGUUUGAGUGCCUCCAAGACACUGACUACAGUGAGCUUCUCCACAUUGUGGAUAAAGGUCUUCCGGCCACUAAGACACCUCGUCAUGUUGCAAUCAUCGGCGGGGGCAUCGCUGGACUUACCGCUGCAAAGUUUUUAGAAGAUGCCGGACACAAGGUGACCAUAAUAGAAGCCAGUAACCGUAUAGGAGGACGUGUGGAGACCUUCAGGAACAAUAGAGAAGGCUGGUAUGCAGAAGUGGGUGCCAUGAGGAUCCCUAGCUUUCAUAAAAUUCUGCUUUCCUUUGCUUCAAAAUUACAAAUUUCCCUAAACCACUUCAUCCAAGAUGAUAUUAACACCUACUAUUUGGUAAAUGGCGUGCUACAAAAAACCUAUGCUGUGGAAAACAACCCUGAUGUGCUCAACUACAGCUUAAAUGAAAGGGAAAGGGGGAAGUCAGCAGCUCAACUCUUCAGUCAGACCCUCUGGAAGGUGAAGGAUGACCUGAAGGCAAUGGGCUGCAGUGCCAUGUUGGAUAAAUAUGAUGCAUACACAGUGAAGGAAUAUCUGGUGAAGGAGGGUAACCUGAGUCGUGGUGCCUUGAGGAUGAUUGGGGACAUCCUGAAUGAAAACAGCCUCUUCUACACAUCGCUAAUAGAAAUGUUGUACAUGCAGUCAGACAUCAAUGACAACACUGAGUACUACGAAGUGACAGAUGGUUUUGACCACCUCCCAAAGGCUUUCUAUCAGGUGUUAAAUGCGACGAUCCUCCUCAACUCCAAGGUUAAGCUAAUCAAUCAAACAGACAGCACCAAUGUGACUGUAACAUACCAGGAUUGGUGUAAUUCAGGCGCCCUGACCAACCUAACAGUGGACUAUGCCCUGGUGACAGCCACAGCCAAGGCCACAGUCUUCAUUGACUUCCAGCCCCCUCUCUCUGGGAACAAGAUGGAGGCCCUGCGCUCAGUUCAUUAUGCCAGCUCCACCAAGGUGGUACUCAGCUUCAGGGAGCGCUUCUGGGAGAAAGAGGGUAUCAGAGGAGGGAAGAGCAUCACAGACCGACCUUCUCGCUUCAUCUACUACCCUAGUCACAGCUUCCACGGUACAGCUGCGGGGGCCCUCCUGGCGUCCUACACCUGCUCUGACGAUUCCACCCUCUUCCAAGGGAUGAGCGAGGAGGAGCUGAUGGCCGUGGUCCUGGAGGACUUGGUGAAGAUCCACGGAGAGGACAUCAGGCCUCAGUUUACAGGGGGGCUGGUGAAGAAGUGGGGAUUAGAUCCUUACAGUCUGGGAGCCUUCGCCAUGUUUACACCCUACCAGCAGGAACACUACGCCAGAGACCUGUUCCAGAGUGAGGGACGGGUGCACUUUGCAGGAGAACACACAGCCUUGCCCCAUGGGUGGAUUGAAACUGCCAUGAAGUCUGCACUCAGGGCAGCUAAAAAUAUUAACAGCCUUACACUUUAGUUGUAUGUGCUUUAUUUUCUUGUGUUCCUCCAUUUAUAAUAUAUAUGGUUUAGCAGUACAUCUUGUGAACUUGUCUUGCCUGUUGAAAUGAAAUGAAAUAUUUACUUGUACUUUAACUACUUCACAUUUUUAUUAACUUUUACUGUCACUAUUAAUAUCCUAUCGAGGUCUCUUUCAUGAUUUUGUUUCUCUUUGACUGCUCUGCUUGUUGGCAUGUAUCAAGAAGAUGGAUAUAAUCAUUUGUUGAUUGUGGAUACUGGAUACAGGCCGGAUUUACUGUUUAUUGAUCCCCAGUGGGGAAAUUACAAUUUACACUAUACUUUGGUAGUAAUCACUACACACAGGCCUGAAAUACACACACAUGCUCAAGACCUAUUCAUGCACAAAUGGGGAGAUUGAGAGUGAGUUGGCUGCCAGUGCUAGACCAGCACCCUGAGAGGUUGGGGGGGUACGGUGCCUUGCUCAAGGGUGGAGUGCCCAGGAGGUGAAGUAGCAUCGCUCCAGCCACCAAUCCACACUCUGUACUUUGGUCCGUACGGGGACUUGAACGCUGGUUCCCAACCCAACUUUUAUAGAAAUGUUGAUUAAUGUGCAAUAUCUUUAUAGAUACAAUUAAUGAAAUGAAUCCUGGUGUAUCAGUGCGCCUCUGAUAUUAUGUAUAUUUUUGUUUUAUGUGCAUAUUUAUUGAUUCAGUUAUGUUUUCGGUAUUUCUUUUCAUUAUAACUACACGCCUUGUCUAUUUACUCCAUAAACUGACAUUCUGAUCAGACCACACAAAGAUUAGCAUAAAUAAAAACAUAAUUAUUAUCCCCAUGGACGUUAUUUGCAGACCUUUACUGUAUCAGGGUAUCCUGUUAUUCUAACACUAAAUUACAACUGGAAUUUUACCAUUAUUUUCACCUCUGAUAAAUCUGAUUGCUUUUUCGAUUACACAAUUCCACGUUUGUCUAUGAAUGUUUAAAAUAAUUCAAAGGACCAUCAGAUUUUUGCACAGUCCAAGAUGAAAUGCAAGUUGCUUGUUUUGUCGAACCAAGAGUCCAAAAUGCCCAAAUAUCAAUCAAUGUAAUCCCAGUGGGGAUUUUCAGUACACUUAAGACAAUGAAAAGCAGCAAAUCCUCACAUUUGAGAAGCUGGACUCGAGUGAUUAAUUACUUGUCGAUAUAAUGGUCUAAUCAAUUCAAAUCUAUUCCGAAUACUUGUAGGAUUGUGUAUAUAAGAAGCAUUACUAAAUACUUGCUUUUGUUUUGAAAAACUCCAAUGAAUGGAGUUCCUGAUGGUACAUUUCUGUAUGUUUAAUUCCAUUACAGCUUUUUUUUUUAUAUUUCAGUUACUUCAUUUUACUUUUAGGUUGAGUACAAAUAUUUAAUAUACUUUCUUUUAAUUGUCAGAUGUUUGGAACUAAAAGCUUGUGUAAAAA